AUGACGUUGGGAUUGAUCAAUGCUAACCCAGUUGUCCACGUCAAGAAAGAGAGGGUCGCUCGUCCCGCCGACGACCCUCAUCACGCCGACGAUGUCGUCGAUCCUCUCGAGAUAUAUGAUAUCCUUUCAAUUUCUGAAUUUUCUAAAAUUGGGGAUAUAAGGGAUCCAGAGCACCCUUACUCGUUGGAGCAGCUAAGUGUGCUUUCUGAGGAGUCCAUCACUGUGGAUGAGAAGCUCGGCCGCAUUCUGAUAACUUUCACACCUACAAUUCAGCACUGCAGCAUGGCUACUGUUAUUGGUUUGUGCCUGAGGGAGAAACUGAAGGAUUGUUUUCCAGCACAUUUUAAGGUGGACAUUAAAGUGGCUCCAGGAUCUCAUGCAGAUGAAGAAUCUGUUAAUAAACAAUUGAAUGAUAAAGAAAGAGUUGCUGCAGCUUUGGAGAACCCCAACCUUCGCCAACUAGUGGAUGAAUGUCUUUAUUCCAGUGAACUUUGA